AUGGCCGCUCAGAAUCCCGUCAACCCCGCUGAUCGCAUCCGAGCUGAACAAGUUCUUCGAGCUCAUUACACGAACCUCGAGGUCGCCAUGGCAGUACUAGCCAGAGAGCAGAAGAUCGCCGACCGGCUCACAGGAGUUCAUGCAUACAAAUACAAGAUCACCAAAGUCUCUGAGCAGAUCAUUUCCAACAACCAGGUGACUCAGGUCACGGACUAUAUUUCGAGAUGUCCAGCUGAAGUCCAGCACCUCUUCUUCCAAUUCCUGCCCCUCGAUGCGGACCGCGCUGCGCUCGCUCUGACAUGCAAAAAACACGCUCAGACCUACGAGGCCUUGAAGGAGAAGAAGAUCAAGAAGAAGAUCAAUGAAAUCGAAGUGUCCCAGUACUUCCUACCGCGCCCACAGCGGGUCACAGAGAUCCACCGCCUGCAGGUGCUUGUUCGCGUCCAGAGCUUGAUACCAGCAAAGUACCGACUUUGCUUCAAGUGCAACCAAUACAUGGACACAACCCACCGAGACAACCGGAUCAGACCUUGGGGAGGCUUGCCAAUGGACAGAGUACUCGAGAGAUAUGGCCCAACCAAGAGGGCUAUGACCCUUGGCCCACGUUGUCCCCUUUGCCAAGCGGCUGCAGACUUAGAACUGGCCAACCACCGAGCCGAGUUCAAUGAGUACAAACGCAAGGCAAGGAGCAUCACCAUGAGAUAG